AUGGUAAACGCAACUCUAACUCCGUCGCAAUCUCCCUCACGGUCGGGCGAUGAAUAUCUCAAUUCACAGUCAUCGACGUCCGCUCCUCCUACCGGGGUUGUGGAGACCUUGAUGCAUAAGAAUGACUUACAAACUUACUGUCAGAGGUUAGGCAUGCCACUCCCAGCGUAUCAGACUGAAGUUCAAGGUUAUGCUCACGCUCCGAGAUUCAAAGCCUCUGUUUGUGUUGGUAAAAGUAUCUUUACUUCCCAAAACACAUUUUCGAACCGGAAACCUGCAGAGCAAGAUGUUGCUAAGAUUGCAUUAGAAUGUCUACUAAAGGAGGAUGAAGCUAAUGCUACAAAUCUACGCGUGCAUCUCCGCCAGCUCAUCAUUCAGGACAAAACACACUGCAAGAUGAUAAUGGACGAUUUUCUUGGCAAGUUAAAGAUAAAAUACGUGUACGAGACGGUUCAAGUUGAUGGAAUGCCUCCUGGCCCUCCUCUAUUUGCUUCCUCUUUGGUAGUAAAUGGUUUUCACUAUAAAGGUUCUGCAAGUAAGAGCAAGAAGGAAGCUGAGAAACGAGCUGCACGUAUAGCUAUCCUCUCCUUCUUAGAUGAUCCUACACAUGGUGCACUCAUCUCUAAAGUGAUCAAGUCUAAGUGUAAUGAAAAUCAUGGUGAUCCUGGAGUCUUGUUUGAUAAUCAAGGUGGUGCUGGUCACCCUUCCGAAGCAGUGGGCUUUCCAAGGUGUUCUUGUGCACAUCUGCCAAGAACUUCCCCACCAUUCUCAGGACCACAACAACCUGGAAUCAACUUUCGAGCAGCAGCGCAAACAGGUUCUCAGCAAAUCAGUGUUCCAAGAUGGACUGUGCCACCAGCAGCACAAAAUCUGGCUUAUGAUACUAUCUCUUCCAAAAGGAUCCGAGAGAACGAGAACAAGGAGCCAAACAAGAGAUUCCGAGCCGAGGACAAACAUUCAGGCUGCAGUUAUAGCCGAUCAGAAUGGUAA